UUCAAAUAUAAUAUUUGAAGUAUAGAAAGUUAUAAGAAAUAUUAAAUGUUGACUGGUUGAAUGUAUAUAAAUUUUAGAAAAUAUGAGAAAAAUACAAGAAAAACGCAUUUUUAUUGGAAAUCUUCCAAUAAAUGUUUGCAAACAAGAUCUAGAAAGAUGGCUUUCAUUGUUUGGAAAAACUACAGGUCCUUUGGAAAUUAUUCGAAAACUUGAAGGUAUAUAUUAAGUAUAAAAGAUAGAAGGAUAGUAGAAAAAAAACAGGAUAUGAGAAUUGUUUUGCAUAUGCAUCAUUAGAAAUGACAGAAGAAUCAUGGUUUCGUUUUCAACGUGAAUCAAAGGAGAACAUUUUUAUUUCUUGCCAAUUACGGGUAGAAGAAGCAAAACCAUCAUAUCAAGAUCUAAAAAAUAUUGAAAACGAGAGGAAUAAAUUAGAUUCUAUUUUUAAAGUAAAGUCAAGGAAGAAAUGGACAAGAAAUCUAUUAUAUGGAAGUUUAGCAAAAAAUCAAAAUUUGAUUAAGGAUGAAAUGGUAAAUCAUGAGACAAAGGGAUGGUUUAAGGGUCCUUAUGGGCGCGCAAUCUCUAUUAUGCGUUUUAGAGAUGUGAUUACUGGUAAAAAAAAGAUACUUUUUGAUCCUAUAGAAAAAAUAAAUUUAAAAAAAUUAUAUGGUAAAAUAAUUGAUAAAAGUGUUUUAGAACUUACAUACUUUUUUGAUGAUUCAUCUGGCCAAUGGUUUAAUGGAAUGUUUGAUCAGAUAAACUCCGAAAGAAAUGAUAUAAAAAUAAAUGAAAAAUUAUUAGAGAAAUCACUUAAUGAAGAAUUCAAGCAAGAAAAACAGAAGAAUUUGUUUAUUUUAAAUAAAAUAUUUCAUGAUCCUUUAAUAGAAGAGAAAUUGAAUAAAGAAAAUGAAUCUAACCUAGCUAAUUUUAAAGAACACAUUUUUUAUGAACUACAAAAUUCUUCAAAGUCAUUUAAUAAAGAUGAUUAUAUAAAUGCAGAGGCAUUUCUUACUAACGAAUCAAUAAUUAAGGAUGAUUUGCUAAAUGAACCAAAUUCCGAAAAAGCUUUAAAAACAAAAAAAUCUAUUGUUAAUUUGAAAGAAUUAAAAUCUAUAUUUUCUUCAAAAAAAGAAGUGGACUUGCAAAAUAUUCAAGAAAAUAAUUUUUGUUUUUUUGAUGAUAAUUCGAGUUCAGAUGAUAAAAUUAAUAAUGAAAAUAACAAGGAAGCAAAUAUAAAUGCAAAUAACAUUCCUAUAGUUAAUAAGAGGUGUUUUUUUAAUAACUAUUCUCGCGAAUUUCCUUUAUUUUUUCCUCAUUUUGAUAAUGCAGAAUUAUAUGCUUUAUCUGCUUUCAGCAAAGUUCCUAGCAUAUUUUCUCAAGAAAUUGAUAAUGAAGAGAUUGAAAAAAAAUGGAUAGAUACUAGAAAGGAAUUUACACGGGAUUGGAAACGUAAAUGGAAAGAUGCUCAAAAAAGAAAACGGAGGUUCCUUCGUAGAAAAAUCUAAUUAAUCGUAUCUAAUCAUCAUAAAGAAUAUAUUUGAUAAUAUCCUAUCUCUAGUGUAAUAUAUUAAG